AUGGAACAUAUAUCAUUUCAAGUGCCAAAAGUUGCUAACUAUGCUAGAAAGUAUUUCUGUAAAAAUACAGAAUUUAUACUUGGGCCAAGAAAACUGAGAAGACAGAGCAUUUUUUGGAGAGGUAAAGUUCUGGAGAGCCAAAUCAUGUGGCACCGCAGACAGGCAAAGCAAAAAACAUUGCAUCUGAGAUUUUGUCAGUUAUUCAUGAAACUGGUUCUAAUGAAACCAAGACAGCCGUUCUAUGUGUACAAAAGUCAACGCCGUCCAUUGCAGUGGUUUAUCUGUAUGUUACAUUUGAAUGAGUUGCCGUUUCGUGCAAUUUAUACUAAGUUGGAUAGUACAAUAUCAGGACCUACAGCAUUCCAUGGAAAUAUUGGAAGUAGAUUAAAUUUCGAUCCAAAAAGUUUACAAAUUGUUAAUUUUAAGGCAGUUCCAGAUUGCACUGAAAAUGUAUCGGAUGAAAUCAAGAGAGAUCUUAGUGAAGACCAGUGCUACAUGUUGCGGGCUAUUUUGGUGGUACAAGAGGGCAAGGACAACGCAGCAGAACAAGAUUUAAACUUUUGGCUUCUGCUUCCCCGGGUUAGGCGAGAUGGUUGA